GUGAACUUCACGUGUAUGUUAAGAAAUUUUAGAUUUCAAAUGUAAACCAAUAUAAAUGCAAUUGAAUUAUCCUCUUAAAAAUAUUUAAAUAUUAAUUUUCAUUCUUUGCAAAAAUGAAAAUAUAUACAAUCGUUUUAAUAUUAAAAUUAUUUUUUCAAAACAUAAGUUUAACUGUUGGGAAACAUCAGACAAAAGAGGAACACUUUAUAAUAGAAAGAAAUAGGAAAAUACGGUUGGUGAAUCAAACGUUAGUAGGUAGAAUGACAGAAAGCCAGUGUGCAAACGUCUGCUUGCAAAACAGUGACAACUGCUGUGAGAUAACUUAUGCUACCUCGACUCGAGAAUGUAAACUCGCACAGUCUGGUUGUUGCCAUACGGUUUUUGAUGACGAGUCUGGUUCAAACAUCCUACACAGCAGUCGUAAAUAUGGCGAUUAUACUAAGGUAUUGUUUGUUUCGAAUGGUGGAGUUUUGGGUGAUUGGGCAGAUGAAGAAAUUUGUACUAAAGGUCAUUACGCUAUUGGUUACAAAAUGAAGAUUGAAAACCCAUAUGAAGAUGAUAAUACAGAUCUCAAUGCUAUUGAAAUUAUCUGUGGAAGUAGAGGGGGUGUUCAAUGUGGUGAGACAGCAAGUUCUGGUCAGCAGAAAUGGGGAGAUUGGACUGGCGACGCACUUUGUCCAGAAAACACCUUUCUGACCUCUUUCUCUCUACAAGUUCAGAAAUUCAAUGUCGAAAGUACAGAAAAUGUAGGUGCCAGCUAUGUCAAAUUCAAAUGCAGAAAUUUCAAAGAUAGCGUGCGUGAAUUCAACUUGAGCUAUCUUCCUGGGUAUGGAGCAUUUGGUUCUUAUGGCGAGUGGAGUGACGCCUGUCCAGUUAACAGUGCAAUAUGUGGUAUACAAACCAAUAUCCAACCACACAUAAAAGAAGGAGAUGAUACCGCACUUAAUGAUGUUAAAUUCUUUUGUUGUGAAUAAAGCGCUACCG